GGCGAAGGCGUACUCGCACUCUACCCUAGAAGACCAGAAAGAGAGCUGAGAGUCUCUGCCCUCGGUCAUGGCGAACUUCUUGCUAAUUGCCCUUUUGGGGCAAUUGUGCUUCCUUCCCUACCUGGAGGCUAUCACAAGUUCUCCCAAAGUUCAGGUUUAUUCCCGUCACCCAUUGGACAGUGACAAGACCAACUACAUGAAUUGUUUUGUGUCAGGAUUUCACCCACCACAGAUUAGCAUUGAGCUUCUAAAGGAUGGUCAAAAAAUUGAAAAUGUAGAGCAGUCCGAUCUGUCCUUCAGCAACGAUUGGACUUUCUAUCAGCUUGUCUCUACACCUUUUGAGGGAAGCUCAAAAAGUGAAUAUAUUUGCAGAGUGGCCCAUUCAACCCUCAAAGAACCUAAAAUAACUAAAUGGGAUCCAGAACAGAACUAAUCUACAUUAUGAAGAGUUGAUGAGUUUGAAUAUUUUAAGGCUUCAAGAAAUCUAGUCUAACCUGAGAGGAUUUAAAAUCUACCAGAACUUUCAUGAUUUUACAUUUAAUUGUGAUUCAGCUUUAACUAUCUUUUAAAUAGCUAAAUGUAAUUGGUAAAUGCUAACACAGUUGGUCAUUUUUCUUAGUUUCACUUUCUUUGCAUAUUUGCAGAUAGAUAUGUUUAUCUCCUUGAGUAUAUGCCUUUGUUAUUCAAUAUCUAGACUAGAUUUUGUAAGAAAUAUAUAGCUUUGAGGGAUGAAAUGAAUUUUGAAAAUUCAAUAUUUGUUCCUUUUGUCAAUUCUGUUAUUGUUACUUAUUUCUUCACAAAGAAUGGCUAAUUGCUUAUAUUAUAUUCAAUAAACCUCUGAAACUGGCUGAUAAACUUA